AUGGAGCCUCCGGCCAAGACCCGGCGAAUCGAGGGGUUCCGGGGUAGCGCCACCGCGGCGGUGCAUGCGGAUGCGCUGGCGGCAGAAGAGGAGGAGGCGCUGCGGGCGGCCUUCUCGACGGCGCAGGACGUAGCUCCGCCCUUGAGCGUGAGCACCACCUUCACCAGCACCGGUGAUGGGCACAUCUACAGCCGCAUCUCGGCCCCCGGCCGCAGCCGCUGCGAAACGCUGCUGGGGGCGCUUGAGGGCACUGAGGAGCAGCCCGCGCAUGCCGUGCUCUACAGCUCGGGCCUGGCAGCUGCUUUCGCUUUGUUCUCCCACUUCAUGCCAAGGCGGGUCUUCAUCACCGGGGGCUACCACGGCACUCACCAGGUGCUGGCGCAGCUUUCGAAGAUCUCUCUGGGCCAGGCGUUUCAAAAGCUGCCACUGAUGCCUCCACAGCAGAUCCGCGCGGAGUUGCGGGAGGGGGACGUCAUCUGGCUGGAGACGCCCCUGAACCCCACCUGCGAGGUGGCAGAUAUCGCCGCCUACGCCAAGGUCGCCAAGGAGGCCAAGGCCGUGCUCUGCGUGGACGGCACCUUCGCGCCCCCGCCCUUGCAGCGCCCGCUGCUGCUGGGCGCGGACGCGGUGAUGCACGCCACCACCAAGUCCCUGGCCGGGCACUCGGACGUCUUGGGCGGCGCCGUCUGCGUGGCAGAGGAAUCGGCGGCGCGGGCGGCGCAGCUGCGGAGCGAUCGGGUGGCGCUGGGCGCCACGCCGGGCAACUUGGAGGUGUGGCUUUUGAUGCGUUCCCUCCGCACCUUGCACCUGCGGGUGGAGAGGCAGUCGGCCACCGCCACCCAGUUGGCCCAGUGGCUGCACCAGGCCCUCUCCGACAAGUCUCACGCGCUUGCUGGUCUGGUCCACGCGGUUCACCACCCCUCCUUGAGCACUGAGCCGUAUGUGGCCAACCAGAUGAAAGGGGGCGGGGGCUGCUUGGCCCUGGAGCUGGCCACGGAGCAGAGCGCCAAGAAGCUGCCUGAGGUGCUGCGGCUCUUCCGCAACGCGACGUCCCUGGGGGGCGUUGAGAGCCUCAUCGAGUGGCGGCGGCGCUGGGACAGCGCCGUCUCCCCGCUGCUGCUCCGCAUCUCCGUGGGCCUCGAGGACUUCGAGCACCUCCAAGCUGACCUCGCGCAAGGGAUCAAGGCGAGCGCCAGUGGGUAG